AUGAGCCCGGCGCGGCGGCCGAGGCAGCCCGCUCUCCCGCGCUCCCGGAGCCCGAGCCGAGCGCGGAGCGUGGCGCGCAGGCCGAGCGCGCCGCCCGCGGGCCUCGCCGCCCGCGACUCUCGCCUCCGCCCCCACUCCGCUCCCCAACUUGGAGGGGACCCCGGGCUCGCCUCCGUACAAAGGGGCGCGGGCCGGGGGCGUCUGUGCCCCGGCAGGGAGGCGGCGGCGCCCUGCAGCCCCCAGCCCCGCCGCGGCGUCCCCCUCCCGUUCGCCUGCCCGCAAUUACCUGCCACCCCGUCUCCGCAUCCAACCACCCCGAUUAAAGUUCACUUUGGCCGGGAGAGCGGGCUCGGGCUUCCCCUUGCACCGCCCGGCGGUUCGGCUCACUUUGCCCCGCGCGAGCUCUCGGAUCCGGGCGGGGCAGGCGGCUCUCGGGCCUGGCCGCCCCUUCCUCCCGGGGCGGGCUGGCGGUCCCCCCGAAUAGAACUUGUGGGUCUCCUCAGGCGGACAUUUUUUUCGCUGAGGCGGCCUCAGCACCGCGCUCGGCUCGGCUCCGGAUCCCUCCGCGCCGGGAAGAGCCCCGAGUUAACCCCUUCGGCCCCGGCCCGCUCCCGCCGCCUGCGCCGAGGAAGUGGGGCCGGCGGAGGGGGCGGGGAGGAGUCGGCGCGAACGGGGAGGGGCCGCCGCGCGGCCGGUGGACAAAGCCCGCGGUGGGGUGAGGCGGGCCGGAGUCGGGCCGGCGGGGAGGGGCGGGCGACGCUCGCAGACACCCCGCGAGGCAGGGCCCGGCCGCCCGCCGAGAACGCCUCGUCCGGGCCCCCGGGAUCCGGGCGGCGGGCACUGAGGCGCGGCUUGGCCGGCUCCUGCCUCAGGCCGCGAAGCGAAGCGGCGGAGACGCAGCUGCAGACGCAUCUGGAUCGGCUGCCCGGGCCGCCCGGCCCGAAGCCGCAGAGCCCUGAAGGCUGCCGUUUCCGAGCCAGCCGCGCUGGACGCCGGCCGCCGCGUUCGGCCGGGACCGGAGGCUCCAGUCCCCGAGGCCGCGCAGCGCUCGGCGUGCGCGGGGAAGGGAGGCCCGGCCGCCUGGGUCCGCUCUGGGCGUAGGGGCGGUUGGUCAAAUGCGUGGCUGAGCGGAACGCAGAAGGAGCAAACCCCCCCCACAAAUCACGCCAAGCAGCGUGGGCUUCAGGUUCCCAAACACUCCACUCACUCAAGCCCCCACGUCUACAACCACCUCAUCCCACCCGAAUCCCAUUCGGGGCCACCGAAUUGCACAGCGGGACCAGUCCUUGGAAAUGGAUCAAGCCGGUCCCUUCACUUUACAGAGACGGCCCAGGGAGGUUCUGUCGCACAGCCACCGUCUUGGAGCAAGUUCUGAACUUGGCCUGAAGAAGCACCACACGGAGGAGAAGGAAGGAAGACAAAAUAACUAAACCUCAAUUUCUUUUAAAUUGGAGAUAGAAGUAAGGUUUCCUCGAAUGGCAACUCGUGUUUUGACUCUUGGUAGUGAGUGCAGUAAGGACGAGGCAGAAGAAACACUGUGAGGAAAGAAGGCACAUCGAAAGUAACAAAUUAAAGGAAGCAGCCAGUGCCUUGAAGACAACAGCACGGCAAGAAGAAGCCGUUAGAGCCCAGACUUGCAUGGAAACAAGAAGGACACCACCACAGCAUGGCCUGAUGAGCAGUGCAUAGGUCCGCACCUCAGAUCUGAACCUGUGAAACAAGCCACCGAAGCCGGGCAAGCAAACUUAACACCUAUGCCACUGGGGCACCCCCUCUGGUUAAGUUAAAGUAAAUGCAGUAGAUCACAUCAUGUCAUAAAAUGAAUUUUUAAGAAUUAAAAGCACGGGGAGCCAAAGAGGAGACAACAGCAACAAAAUUUGAGAAGUUUUAGCUGGAAAAGUGGAAGAGUGGUAAAAGAUGUAGUAGACUAACAAAACUGAAUCUUAAGGCAGAAAUGAAGUAAAUCAAUAACCAAACCCAUGUAUACUGCACUGUCACCAAAAGACUCAUAACUGCCAGCUCCCGGUUCCUCUUGAAGUGAAGUGAGGAAAGGGGGAAGUACUAUAAGGAGGAUUGGUUGCAAAUCUGUUUAAUAAGAGGCAAUCAGAUCCCCCAGAUUCCCUUCUCGGCUCCAUGUAGUCAAGCAAACAAACCUCCUCACUUACCUGGGCAAAAUACUACAAACUUCCUCUCUGCAGAUGGUGAUAUGGCAGGUCUCUAGAGGGUAGGGGGAUUAAGUGAACAUUUGUAUAUUGGAUGCUGAGGACCCCAAAUUUCUUCACCAACUUGGCUCCCAGAUUCCAGUCAUGAAGCUUUCAACUUCCAAGGAAGAGAUUAGAAGAUCCUUCUAUGUGGAGUCUGAUCAACUCAAGAGGAAGGAUCUGAAGACACUGACAUGGAAGGUUCCCCAACUAUAAGCCCCAACAAAUCACUCUACAGGGAAGUUGACAGCUGACAACCCCCCACCCAUUCACUCAGAGUUUCCCAUAAGCAUUUUGAGGCCCUAUUCUUAAAUAUGAGCAGACAACAAAGGAUGAUCAGACAUGUGAGGGAAGCUACUAUUAUGUGAGACAUUUAGAGCACUUAGAAUUGAAAACAGGAGAGUAUAAAUGGGAAAAAAAAAAAAAAAAAAAAAAAAAAACCUUGAUAAAAAGGAUUGGAAGAGAAAGUUAAGGAAAUGUUCUAUAAGGCAGAGCAAAAGGCAGAGAGGACCAGUUCAGGAAGUUCAAAAUCCAAACAAUAAGGGCUCCAGAAAGCAAGAUGAGGGGGAAAAAAUGAGGAAAAUCAUCAAUGGAAUAAACUAAGAAAUAUUUCCAGAAUUAAAGUACAUGAGUUAAUUAAUUAAAUCGGUUCCCCAAGUACCCACCACAGUGGAUAAAAAGAGAUCUAUACCAAAGCAUGUGAUCAGGAAAUUUGAGCACACACUAACCAAAGAGAAGACCUUCGAGCUUCUAGAGAGAACACAAAACAGAACAAAUACAAAGGACUAAAAAUCAAAAUGGCAUCCAUUAUUUAACAACACUGGAACCCAGAGUGCAAUGGAACAAGGCCUUCAAACAUCCUGAAGAAAAAAAAAUAUUUGCUAAAUGAAUUAAUAAUUUGGAAGUCUUUUAAAAAUAACUCUGUAUAUCAUUUUAAAACCAAAUAUUCCUCCUCUCUGGUUUGGGUCAAUGUGAGUUAGGGAUACAGAGAUAUACCCAACUGGGUCCCAGACAGAACACACAGUGGCAUCACUUACAAAUGUACGUACAGUUUUUGCUCUCUAUUUUCUCAGCAUCUCUAAAGCAUUCUGAAAAUAUUAGUGUCCUCUGAACUUUUGGCAAGCAAGGAAUCCUCUUAUUUAAUUAUUGUAUUCUCUUUUGAAUAUAGUCAAAUUCAGUAUAUAUAUUUCUUAUAGUCAAAUCUCAUUUAUUCACUACGAGGAAGGAAUCAUCUCAAAGAGUAAAUACCUUUUUGGAAUACAUCUUUCCCAUGUAUUUGAAGAGGCAGGUGCCUCAACACUGGACCAACUAAUAGAACUGUCUUGGAAAAGCUGAUAAACAUACAGAUUACUCCUUCUGCUCCACCCACUUAUUCUGUCCUUAUUUGGAAAAAAAGUUUGAAAACAUGUGGAGUACCAACAGGGACUAAAGACAUCCCACCUGAAUAUAAGCUCCAUAGAGGCAGAAAUUUUUUUCUGUUUUGUUCAUUAGUGUAUUCCAGGUACAUAGUAUGUGCUUAAUAAAUAUUUGUUGGGCUUAUGAAAAACUGAAAGAAUAAAUGAGUGACAGAAGGCUAUUUAGUCUUCAAAAUAGCAGCUGAAUUUCCAAGUAAGUAGCCAGGCUUUUGAAAAAUGAAAGUAACCAGGCUUUUGAAAAAUGAAAAUUAACUUGCAUCCAUAAUUUCCUACUGACCAACAUUAUGAUAAAACCUGCAGAAGAAUAGCAGUGGACAUUUGUCAUAGUCAUGAAUGUCCACUAUCUUUUAAACAGCCUUUCUGUAUUAAAGGGCAUUCCCAUGAUAUGACUCCUGCCUCUCUAAUGUGUAUCAGAGCCAAAAAAUUCCCAAGACCCUUUGCAGCCAGGACACAGACUUAUGACGUAGGCACCUGCUCAAAACUUCAGAAGUGAGCAACACAAGAACACAGGGUAUGUUUGGAGCUGCCAUUUUGUCAUUAGGUUGUUGGUCUUUUCCUUAUUGAUUUGUAGAGCUCUUAAUAUCAGACCUAACCCUCUUUCUGUGAUAUUGGUUGCAAAUACUUUUACUUAUAAUUUGUCUUUAUUUUUUACAUGCAUAUUUAAAAAACAGUUACAUGUAGUCCAAAGUAUUCAUCCUGUAUGGUCAUCUGGGUUAUAUGUCACACUUAAAAGGUCUAUCUCCUUUUGAGACUAUAGAAAAGAAAAUUCACUCAUAAUUUUUUCUAGAACUUUUGUAGUUUGAUUGUCUUGUGUUUACAUCUUUAACCUGUCUGGAAUUUAUUUUGGCAUAAGGAGUGAGGUAGGGGUUCAACUUAUUUUUUCCAGUGGACCAAACAAUAGUCCUCAAUCGUUUAUUGAGUGCAAUGCUCUGAAUUAGAUAUCUAUACUAAAUUACUUAAUCCUUUAUUCAGCUCACUGUAUUAAAGAACCUGCACUCACUUAUCAAGAAAGAAAAGUGGGGAAUGAAAGAGAAUGAGGAUAAUCAAAAAAGCUCUAAGUUUAGAUGGCUAAGAUUUUAUGAGAUUCUUCUUACUCUCAGCAACAAUCUCAUUCUUCAUCACCUGGAAAGACAACAUGGUGUCUGGAAUUGACAACACUCUCAACAAUUAUUUUAAGAAGAUCCAUCCCUUUCCUAUUUUGAUCACAUACCACCCUCUAGUAUUUGGGUUUUUAGUGUAUAGAAGUUUUACUUUGUUGGAAUAGGAGGCACUUAUUACAUGUGCUUUAAUAUGGUAAGAAUUCUCUGUUCUUUUAUCUUAUUAUCUAUUUUGGAAAUAAUUAAUCCUUAAUCUAUGGGUAUAGCCUGAACAUCUUCCAAAUAUGUAAGCUGACUUCCAUCAAGCCAUGAUGAGCACAUAUGUGUUAGGGGUUGCCUACCUUAAAAAGACACUCACAAACAGAACCCUCCAGAAAGGAAGAGAUUGGCCUUAGCUAUAUGGACAGAGCCAGGCCUGAGAUUAUCAUAAGGGUAAAAAAAUUCUUUCUCAGCUUCCUCAGCUCCUCUUGUGACCUCAUCUCUCUUACUUUUGAAAAUAAGCCGAUAGAUAUCACUUAGAACAGUGGUUCUCAAGGUGUGGUCUCUUGACAAGUAGCAUCAAAAUCACUUGGCAACUAAUUAGAAAUGCAAAUUCUUAGGCUCCAUCCUAGACCUGCUCUGUGAGUGGAGCUUCAUCACAGAAACUCUGAGGGUGAGGCUGGCAAUCAAUUUUUUAACAAGUCCUCCCUGUGAUUCUGAUGCACACUAAAAGUUUGAGAAACAGUGCCUUAGAAGGGUGGCCCUGUGAGGUCCUUGAUGUUUCAGGAUAAUAAAGAUGAACACGAAGUGGGCUGCCAGAGUGUAUUUACCCUGAAUAGGUAACUACCAUUGGAGAAAUGUACUUAACAAGGUAGAGCAAUGCUGAAGGAAUAAAUUGCAUAUUAAUUAAUCAUUUUUAAAUGAUUGCUAAAAGCAAAAGUUAUUGCUGGUAAAAAGUCCAGAAAAAGAACACUAGAUGAUACUGAGUUCAGCUCUCACCACGUGUCAGAUCUUAUAAAUCUUUUCUUACAAGUCAUUAGUAUCUUAGGCAAAUUCAGUCUAUUAUAGUCUUUAUUGUCUAUUUUAACACUUAUGAGAAAUCAGCAGAAUACAUGGCCAAUAUUCUCAAGUUCUUUGGCACAUAUGCCUAGCUUCCCUCAACUAGGGGCUCUUCGGUGGUAAAGGCUAUAUUUUCCUUUUAUCAUUAAUAACUGAAUCUUCUCUCCAAACCCAAUAAUCCCUCAGUAAUUGUUUAUUAAUUAAAUGAGAAAUUAUAUUUUCAGUGAAAGUUG